GUUGGGAAAAGCACACUCCGCAGUACCGAAAAUAUUCCCGUAAGAGAUCAACCCAAGACGCGAGCGCAAGCUGGCUAAUGCAUAUACCGUACAACAGACGCACCAGGAAGUAAUGGAGUGAAAUGGAAUAGGAAAAAAAAGAAUAAAUGAAUAAAAAAAAAAACUCGAAAGAGUAAUGAGAGCAGCUAAUCAAGGUAACAACAAAAAACAACGGUGAAACACCGCUAGUGAACUCUUUGUGGCCAAACAGCUACAUGCAUAUUUGUAUGUACGAGCACAUCAGCAGUCCGCCAACAAAGCAAAUAGCAAUCAAACUCUUAUCGAACUUCAAUGCGCCGGAGUAGAUAAAUAACUCGCAUUUACCAUACGCUAAGACACACGCACACACGUACAUACUUACAUACAACUGUUUUAUGCGAUAAGAUUUUGAAAAAUAAUAUCAAAAAUGUCGUGUUAGUAUGAAAUGGAAAUCGGUGACUCGCGGUGCUCCAAUCAAGCGACAAAGGUGUGCAAAGUGCAAAAAGUGCUACCCAACGUUGAACAUUUGGCUUAAUUGAAUACCCUGCAAUUCGAGCAAAUUGUCCCACUUCGAACGAAGCACCAAACUAAAGGCAAAGCUAACUCAUUCCCACCAGACACCUGCCACAUAUGCAAAAACAAAAAGUAUCCUGCAACCUGUGCUCUUCCUUUAUUAUGGAUCCAUGUCAGAAUUUACCACUCGCUUCACCGGAGACUAGGCAUGUGUACGACGAUACCGCCGCCGGCGUUGUUGGACGCUCUAUAACACCAACGUCCAGCGUAGCGAAAAUUUCGCCCAGCGGCUUAAUCGAGUUGUCUGAACAUUUCUACAUCAACAAUAGCAAGCAGAAAGAUCCCAUUAAGGUCGAGGUGAUUUUAAAUUGUGACGGCAUUUUUUUGCGACGCGAAACUGGUGAACAAAAUGAAAUCAGCGAACAGCGCAUUUGCAUGGCGGAUAUAAUUGGCAGUAGCUGUGGGCCGCGUUUAAAGAAAUCGCAUCGCGCAAGCUUAGCCUCUUGUCGGCGCAUAAACGAAGAUUCGGAAGUUGAGAAUGCAACACAGAAGGAUACUAGCGCCUACUUGCACAUUUAUGCGUACAUAAAGAACGAGAAGGGCGCGAUGCGUCGCGAGCGCACCGUACGCAUUCUACGCUUUCGCUCAUUCGAAACGUACGAGGAAAACCUGAAGGUGGCUGAACGUUGGCAUCAUGCCAUACGCAUCAAUCAGGCAGCCGCCAAGAAUCGCUUGGGUGAGAAGCAAAUACUAAUUUUUCUAAAUCCUAAAUCCGGCAAGGGUAAGGGACGAGAGAUGUUCCACAAACAGGUGGCACCCGUACUGAAGGAGGCCGAUAUGCCGUACGAGUUGCAUGUCACCGCUCACAGCAACUAUGCACGCGAGUUCGUGCGUAAACACAACGAUUUGUUGCGUUGCUACAGCGCCAUAUUGGUGGCAUCGGGCGAUGGACUGUUCUACGAAGUGCUCAAUGGCAUAAUGGUGCGCGAGGAUUGGCGUGCGAUUACACGUGCAUUACCGCUCGGUAUUAUACCGUGCGGUUCGGGUAAUGGGCUGGCGCGUAGCAUUGCCUAUCUCUAUAAUGAACCGUAUGAACCGAAACCGAUUUUGUAUGCAACGCUGACGUGUGUACGUGGCCAAAUUGCGCCGAUGGAUAUUGUACGCAUCGAUACGGGCAAAGAGGGUAAAUCUAGUGAGCUGUAUUCAUUCCUAUCCGUCGGUUGGGGUUUCAUAGCCGACAUUGAUAUCGAGAGUGAACCGUUGCGUUCGAUUGGCGCCACGCGCUUCACCUUCUGGUCCAUACGCCGGCUGAUCGGUCUGCGCACCUAUACGGGCAAGCUAUCGUAUCUGCGUUGUGAUAAAAAAGGUAGGCGUAGAACUGUAGGAAAUCUAGUUGCUACGGCAUCCCAUGAGGAACGUCCCCUACCACCGGAGGUACAAGAAUUCCAUGACAUACCAAACCCACCGGAAGGCGCAAAAGAAGACGAUUUUCAACCAGUUGCCAAUACUGAUGAGGCAGAUGAGGAGUUUGGUGAAGCCAUUUCACUGGAUCAUGUGAGCACCCAUUCCUACGCCGACAGUUGGCAUUCAGCUACCUCGCAGCGCACUGCAUACUUUUCUCUGCCCGACCAAAGUUUACGUUCACGUCGCAGUGUACUAAGCCGCCUUGAAACGAUCAAUUUGGAAUAUGAAAGUCGCCGACCACCGUCCACAAUACCAGCACUCGAUCAACCAGUGCCCACCGACACUUGGCAUACCGAAGAAGGUGAAUAUGUUAUGGUUCAUGCCGCCUACACGACCCACAUCUCCUCCGACUGCUUCUUCGCUCCAAGCUCACGUCUCAAUGAUGGCAUCAUCUACUUGGUCAUAAUACGUGCUGGCGUAGGUCGUUCACAGCUAGCGCAUUUUCUAAUGGGCUUGAGUUCGGGCACGCACCUGCCAGAGCAACCUAAUCGGUAUAUUGAAAUUGUGCCGGUACGUGCGUUUCGCAUUGAACCAAACUCUGACAAAGAAGGUAUUAUAACAGUGGAUGGCGAACGCGUGGACUAUGGACCGAUACAAGGCGAGAUAAUGUCGGGUAUCAUCAAUGUCAUGGUGCCCAACGCAAAUCCCAUUGAUUAGUGCACUAAUAUUGGCCAUGCAUAGUUGCUAUUGUACUAUUGUAGAUAUAUUUGUAUAUUUAUUGCUGCUUUACAUGCCAGCCGUCUGUAUGUGACAGACGCACCGCCUCUUUAGUUCUAUAAAAUAUUAAGUAUUCUAUUGUAAUUGUUUUGCUUUUAUGUAUAUAUAUAAAGGAAGUAUGUGCAUGUAUGUAUGUGUGUAAAUAUUUAAUAAAGGCAUACAUCCCCAUUUGCAUUCAAA